AUGGCUAGAAAUGCUGAGAAGGCAAUGACAACGUUGGCUCGAUGGAGAGCAGCAAAGGAAGCAGAGACAGGGAAGAAUGAAAGACGUCCUUAUUUAGCAAGCGAAUGCACAGAUGUCAAGAAAUGUGAAAAAUGGAGAAUCGAGAUAAUUAGAGAAAUAUCUAAGAAAGUAGCACAGAUUCAGAAUGCUGGUUUAGGAGAAUUCAGGAUACGUGACUUGAAUGAUGAGAUAAAUAAGCUACUAAGAGAGAAACGGCAUUGGGAGAACCAGAUAUCAAAUUUGGGCGGUCCGCAUUAUAGACGAUAUGGUCCGAAAACGUUUGAUGCAGAAGGAAGGGAAGUUCCAGGAAACAGAGGAUACAAAUAUUUUGGAGCAGCUAAAGACCUUCCAGGCGUUCGAGAGUUAUUUGAGCAGGAACCACCACCUCCACCUAAAAAAUCCAGAGGAGAAUUGAUGCGUGAAGUUGAUGCCAAUUAUUAUGGCUAUUUAGAUGAUGAUGACGGUGUUUUAAUUCCAUUAGAAGAGAAAUCCUCAAAGGAAGCAAUGAAAAAGGCUAUGGAUGAGUGGAAAGAGAAGCUCAAAAAGGGAGAAUUAAAUACAAAUGACGAAGAAACUGAAACAUUUGAGCCCAUAACAAUAGAUGAUGAGCUACUAGCACCACGAUUUGUCUCACAUGUGGAAGUUCCAACACAAAAAGACAUCGAGGAAGCACUGCUGAGAAAGAAGAAAAAGGAACUGCUUGAAAAAUAUUUGAAUGAAUAA